CAUUAUUGUCUACCUAUCUUCUCCGUUUUCAACCAACAUCAACUAAUGGCAGACCAACUUCAAAAUCCCUUAAACACUUCUCCUAAACCGGGUCUGAUCAAAGAAGAAGAACAAGAAAUGGUGGCCUUGCAUGCCGAGAGGAUCGUGUACUCCUUGACGUUCCCAAUGGUUUUCAAAGCUGCCUUGGAGCUGGGAGUCAUCGACACAAUGGCUGCGGUUGAGGAUGGCAUGUGGCUCUCGCCUUCCGAGAUAGCGUCUCGUCUCCCUACUAAACCCACCAAUCCAGAGGCUCCACUGAUGCUGGACCGGAUGAUGCGAUUACUCACCAGCCACUCGAUCUUGAAAUGUCGUGUUGUUGAAACCGGAGAGAACGACCAAACCGGAAAGAUCGAAAGGGUAUACGCAGGUGAACAUGUUUGCAAGUUUUUCUUGAAAGAUUGUGACGGCUCGGGUUCUCUCAGAUCUAUGUUCAUGUUGUGCCAUGACCACGUCGUUUUCAAGAAUAUGUCACAUCUAAAGGAUGUGAUAUUACAAGGAACAGAUGCAUGUGUUUCUGCCCAUGGUAUGAAAGUCUUCGAAUACAUUGCAUCUGAUGAACAAUUCGCUGAGAAGUUUAACCCGGGAAUGUCGGAAUCUUCAACCAUGUUCAUGAAGAAGUUUCUAGAAAAAUACAAAGGAUUUGAAGAUGUUAACACCUUGGUGGAUGUUGGAGGAGCUGUUGGAACCCUACUAUAUGUAGUCACUUCCAAGUAUCCUCAUAUCAAGGGCAUCAAUUUCGACUUACCACCGGCUAUAGCCUAUGCUCCUGCUUAUGCCGGAGUGGAACAUGUGGUGGGAGACAUGUUAGUAGAAAUUCCAAAGGGAGAUGCUAUUAUCAUGAAAUGGAUACUGCAUGCUUGGAACGAUGAAAACUUUGUUAAAAUUCUCAAAAACUGCUGGGCAAGUCUUCCAGAGAGAGGAAAAGUGAUAGUUCUCGACGUGGUUAUGCCAACAGAACCAAAGUGUGACGACUUAGCUUCUAACUUGCGGUUCACUUUGGACAUGUUCAUAUUAACACAACGUUCAGGUGGUAGAGAAAGGACUCUUCCCGAAUUGGAGGCUUUAGGUUGUGCUGCAGGCUUUAGUCGUUGCCAGUUCAUUUGCCGGGCCUAUUCUUUGUCUCUUAUUGAGUUGCGCAAAUAGAUUUGAGGUUUGCAAAAAUAAGAACCACUACUUGUCCCAUGAAUACUAUGCAUCACUAAGAUGCCUAUGUUUUGAUGUUUAUCUACCAGAAAUAAAAGCGGAGAACUUUUUUUUUUUUUUU